UUGCAUGCAAGUGACACCUGUUAAUUAUUUAUUUACAUCACACUUUGGCUUUCGUUCCCCAGGAAAAUGGCUCGUUACUUUAAGGAACAGGAUAUCGAUGAGUUCAGGGAGUGUUUUUACCUCUUCGCGAGGUCAAAAUCCGGACAAAUCACGUCUCUGGACGAACUGACGGUUAUCAUGCGUUCUCUGGGCUUGUCGCCAACUAUUCAAGAGCUGACGGGGUAUCUCAAGAAGAAGAAUGGGAAGAUGAGCUUCGCAGACUUCCUGGAGAUCAUGCAUCAACACUCAACCGUGGAGAAUCUUCCGACCGAGGUGAUUGACGCCUUCAAGGCGGCCGAUCCCAAGGGAAACGGCACCAUAUCGGCCAGGCAGCUCCGUCACCUUCUGCAGAACUGGGGCGAAGGCUUAUCAGUGAGAGAGGUGGACAAUAUCUUCCGCGAGGCGAACGUCUCCAACAAUGGCACAGUUCGCUAUUCUGACUUCGUGAAGAUUGCCUGUGCUCCAGUUCCGGAUUACUACUGAAUUUUCAUUUUAUCUUCAUUUUAUGCACAACAUUCAAGUGUGUUUUACGCAUUGUUUUACAUAAUAAUAAAGUAAUUUAUAUUUUUCCGCGAAAAUUGGCA